AUGGGCAAGAUCGAGAACAACGAGCGGGUGAUCCUCAAUGUCGGGGGCACCCGGCACGAAACCUACCGCAGCACCCUCAAGACCCUGCCCGGGACGCGCCUGGCCCUUCUCGCCGCCUCCGAGCCCCAGGGCGACUGCCUGAAGGCGGCGGGCGACACGCUGCAGCCUUCGCCCCCUCCUCUGUCGCCGCCGCCGCGACCGCCCCUGCUGUCCCCCGGGCCGGGCGGCUGCUUCGAGGGCGGCGCGGGCAACUGCAGCGUCCGCGGCGGCGGCGACCACCCCCGGGGCAGCCGCGAGUUCUUCUUCGACCGGCACCCGGGCGUCUUCGCCUACGUGCUCAACUACUACCGCACCGGCAAGCUGCACUGCCCCGCCGACGUGUGCGGGCCGCUGUUCGAGGAGGAGCUGGCCUUCUGGGGCAUCGACGAGACCGACGUGGAGCCCUGCUGCUGGAUGACUUACCGGCAGCACCGCGACGCCGAGGAGGCGCUCGACAUCUUCGAGGCCCCCGACCUCAUCGGCGGCGACCCUGGCGACGACGAGGACCUGGCGGCCAAGAGGCUGGGCAUCGAGGACGCCGCGGGCCUGGGGGGCCCCGACGGCAAGUCCGGCCGCUGGAGGAGGCUGCAGCCCCGCAUGUGGGCCCUCUUUGAGGACCCCUACUCGUCCAGAGCCGCCAGGUUUAUUGCUUUUGCUUCUUUAUUCUUCAUCCUGGUUUCAAUCACAACUUUUUGCCUGGAGACACAUGAAGCUUUCAAUAUUGUUAAAAACAAGACAGAACCAGUCAUCAAUGGCACAAGUGUCGUUCUACAGUAUGAAAUCGAAACAGAUCCUGCCUUGAUGUAUGUAGAAGGAGUGUGCGUGGUAUGGUUUACUUUUGAAUUUUUAGUCCGUAUUGUUUUUUCCCCCAAUAAACUUGAAUUCAUCAAAAACCUCUUGAAUAUCAUUGACUUUGUGGCCAUCCUACCCUUCUACUUAGAGGUGGGACUCAGUGGGCUGUCAUCCAAAGCUGCUAAAGAUGUACUUGGCUUCCUCAGGGUGGUCAGGUUUGUGAGGAUCCUGAGAAUCUUCAAGCUCACCCGCCAUUUUGUAGGUCUGAGGGUGCUUGGACACACUCUUCGAGCAAGUACUAAUGAAUUUUUGCUGCUGAUUAUCUUCCUGGCUCUAGGAGUUUUGAUAUUUGCUACUAUGAUCUACUAUGCGGAGAGAGUAGGAGCUCAACCCAAUGACCCUUCAGCUAGUGAGCACACGCAGUUCAAAAACAUUCCUAUUGGGUUCUGGUGGGCUGUAGUGACCAUGACUACCUUGGGCUAUGGAGAUAUGUACCCCCAAACAUGGUCAGGGAUGCUUGUGGGAGCCCUGUGUGCUCUGGCUGGAGUACUGACAAUAGCCAUGCCGGUGCCUGUCAUUGUCAACAAUUUUGGAAUGUACUACUCCUUGGCAAUGGCGAAGCAGAAACUUCCAAGAAAAAGAAAGAAGCACAUCCCUCCUGCCCCUCAGGCAACCUCGCCUACUUUUUGCAAGACAGAAUUAAAUAUGGCCUGUAAUAGCACACAGGGUGACACAUGUCUGGGCAAAGACAAUCGGCUUCCGGAACAUAACAGAUCAGUGUUAUCAGGUGACGACAGUACAGGAAGUGAGCCGCCACUAUCACCCCCAGAAAGGCUCCCCAUCAGACGCUCUAGUACCAGAGACAAACACAGAAGAGGGGAAACAUGUUUCCUACUGACGACAGGUGAUUACACGUGUGCUUCUGAUGGAGGGAUCAGGAAAGGAUAUGAAAAAUCCCGAAGCUUAAACAACAUAGCGGGCUUGGCAGGCAAUGCUCUGAGGCUUUCUCCAGUAACAUCACCCUACAACUCUCCUUGUCCUCUGAGGCGCUCUCGAUCUCCCAUCCCAUCUAUCUUGUAA